AUGGCUUCCACCCCGGAACCCACCUCCGCCCGCGCUCGGACCCCGCCAACUCCUCUUCACGGCCCACGAUAUGACAACUAUCAACCAUACUCACCUCGUCGCUCGAACAGAGUUUCUGCGCAAAGUAACCCUUACAGCUCUGGUAACAUCGAUCGCUCUCCGCGAGCCAACCUCCCACGCCACACAACACCCCCUGCGACAGCGAAGAGGGCCCGUAUAACUCGUCAGCCUACUCAGCUCUCAUCGCCACCGUCUUCACCCGCUUCACCCGUCCGGCAGCGGCAAAUACCGCACGUUCACAAGACGCCAAGGAAAGCAGCUUUCAAGCCGACAAACGGCACUAACACCUUGUCCGAUUCAGACCACGUUUCUACAUCACUGAGAUUACCAAACAUUGAUCCCGUUACGAUGCUACCGACGCCAUCCAAAACGCCCAAGAAGCGCAAUUCAGCUGCCAUCAACGCUACGGCGCGCAUUCUCAGCUUCCAGCCGGAAAACCCUAACGAUGUCAUGCCUUCGCCGCGCAAGUCCAGGAAACAUGCCCGCAUCCACUCUGCGAACGGCUUCGACCUUUAUGAUGAGGAGCGUGAGCGUGCCAGAGAUCAAGUUCAUGUCUAUACUGAUGCUAAUGCGCGCGUGCCGGAAUUGGAUGUGAACGAGGACAAUCCCUUCGUUGGCACUAAACACGGCGCAACUAGCAGGCCGCAACGCAGGAGUCGUGGCCCUACUGUGGCGGAUGCAGGGAUGGAGGAGGCGGUCCAGAGGGACGAGGGCAUUCUCUACGUCUUCCGCGGCAAGAAGGUCUUCCGUCGCUUCUCCGAUCCGGAGGCAGAGCACCCCACCUCCGUCGACAACUCAGAGGCCGAGGUGGCGCCCGGACAGCGCACCCUCAAGCGCCAGGCAGGUGCUUCAGCGCAACGUCCACUCACUCGCAGUGCAAUCAAACCGCGCUUACUAUUUCCGUCAGACGAUCAACUUCGUGAACGGGAGGAAGGCGCGGACGAUGCCGAUGAGGAAGCCACGACCGACAUUGAGAUGGGCAAUGACGAGGCGCCUAUUGUGGUUAAGCCCAAAGUCGCACAGACUCCGACGAAGGAUCGCUUCAAGCCCGCCACGAUAGCCACGCCACCAACGACUGCUAGAGUGACAAGAUCAAUGAACGUCACGGUUUCACCGGUCAAGCUGACUCCGCUCGUGGAGGAAGAAGAACUGGGCUCGUCCAUGUCGCUGGGCACUGACGAUUCGUUUACCGCCGUCUCGAAGCGGGGCCGCAAGAGCCCGUUCGAUUCGUGGCAACGUACUAAAGCUGGGAAGAAGCGGGUGAGCGAGGAGGGGGAAAAGGAAAUCGGGGCUGAGAAGCGGACAAGGAGCGCUGCUGUGGUGACCAGUCCGGCAUGA